UCAAAUUUAGAUAAUUAAAUUAUUGUGUUUAUUGAUUUCUCAAUACAUCUGGAAAACUGUCAAAAGGAAAAUAAACAUCUUUAUACGAAUACGUUCUAAUAAAUGCUACGAUUGAAAGCAGAAGAAAUAGAUCAUAAUUAAAUAAUUUAUUUAUUUUUAAAUGGAUAAAAUUGUCACGAUGAUGAAAUUUAUGUUAUCAUUUAAAGGCGUGUGCAUAGUAAUAGUAUCUUUGUGUGUUUGGGUUUUGUUUCAACAAUUUCGAAAAAGAAGGAAAUACAUAAAAAUUCUUCCAUCUCAAGUUAUAGGACUGAUACAAGUUUUAGGCUUGCGAAAAUAUCCAGAGAUUAAGUUGCCUCCAACAGCAGUGGUAUGGCUGUUCACAACGGCAAUGUUUCAUUUAUUCAAAAAAGAAACAUUAUUUGCUGUUUGGCUUGGGUUUACACCUUUCAUAAAUCUGAACAAACCAGAAGCUGUUGAGGAAGUUUUAAGUGGAACAAAAGCGAAUGAAAAGUCUUGGAUUUAUGAUUUUGUGCAUUGCUGGUUAGGAACAGGUCUUUUAACUAGUUACGGUGAGAAAUGGAAAUCAAGACGAAAGUUGUUGACACCAGCGUUUCAUUUUGAAAUUCUGAAAGAUUUCUUACCAGUUAUCAAUGAAAAAUCGAUGCUUUUGGUAAAAAUAUUCGAAAAAGAGGUUUACAAGGACUACACGAGUAUUUUGCCGCCAAUAACACUUUGCAGUUUGGAUAUAAUUUGCGAAACAACGCUUGGUAUUAACUUAAAUUGCCAAGAAAAUAAAGAUUCAGAGUAUGUCCAGGCAGUUAAAAAUGUGUCUGAUGAAUUAACCAAAAGAAUAACAAGCGUUAUUAGCUGGUAUGAUUUUACAUUUUUCCUAACCAAAGGAAGAAGUAUCAGAAAAGAUUUGACUUUAUUACAUAGUUUCACUAUGUCUGUUAUUCAAGAAAGAAAGAAAGAUAUGUUGAGAGGGGAAAUUGAAGGAAGAGAUAGAAAGAGGAAACCUUUAAUGGAUCUAUUGCUGCAGCACCACAUCGAAACAAAAGAACUUACAGAAAAAGACAUCAGAGAAGAAGUCGAUACUUUUGCAUUUGAGGGUCAUGACACAACAUCUUUAGCUAUGACUUGGGCUCUCUACUUUAUUGGCCUCUAUAAAGAUGUACAAGCAAAAAUUCACGAGGAACUAGAUCAAAUAUUUGGCGAUGACAAAGAGAGGCCAGUUACAGCAGAAGACCUGAAAUAUUUAAAAUAUUUGGAGUGUGUACUAAAGGAAUCUUUGAGACUCAAUCCAUCUGUUCCUGUUAUUGGACGCAAAGCAGAUAAGGACAUGGCGAUUUGUGGUUAUCCCAUACCUAAGGGUGCAUCCCUCAUUAUAUGCCCAUACAUGAUGCACAGAAAUGAAGAAUUUUUUCCCAACCCAGAAGUAUUCGAUCCAGAUCGUUUUACUCCAGAAAAUUCUGCUCAUCGCCAUCCAUACGCGUACAUUCCUUUUUCUGCUGGGUCACGAAAUUGUAUAGGUCAAAGAUUUGCUAUGAUAGAAGAAAAAAUAGUUGUAGCAAACAUCUUGAGAAAUUAUUCUUUAGAAUCUUUGGACCCUAGAGACAAGGUCUUAAGCACUCUUGAACUUAUUUUGCGACCUCUGGAGGAAGUAAGAAUAAAGUUAAGACGUCGAUAAAAGUGCUUGGAAUUUGCAUUGUUACUGUGUAUAGAAUGAACCAUAUAGCAACUAAUAAAUUUUCU